AUGUCAGAUACCUGUAUUGUCUGCUUAGGAGACUUGAGCAGCGGCGAUGGCGAAGUUGCAGCUCCCCUUGCCAACCCUGCUGCCAAGUCUCCACCCAGCAUCGACGCCGCCGCCUCGAGGACGAUUGAAGCCGAACAUGAGCCAACUAUCACGACCUCGGCGGACAAAGACUCGACCGAGUUGAUCGCCCAUUUGAGGCCGUGUGGGCACUACCUGCACAACGAAUGUCUCACGCCAUGGGUAGAAAGAGCAAACAGUUGCCCGAUCUGUCGUGCCAGUUUUCAUCUCGUCGAAUUGAUGCGGACUAUCAACGGCGAUGUCAUUUCGUCAUACUCUGUCGAAGACCGAACGCAGGUUGCCGAGUUGGACCCUUCCAUGUUUCUCGAAAUCCCAGAAGAGGAGGAUGAGGACCAACCCUGUCAGGCCUGCGGCGAAGACGAUAAUGAAGACGUCCUGAUGUACUGCGAUGGCUGUCAGAAAUUAUGGCAUACUUAUUGUGUCGAUUUGCAAGAGGUGCCCUACGGCCACUGGUUUUGUGACAACUGCAGAGCACAGCGAGAUCUUGACCCUCGUGUAAUUGUGCGGUCAGGGCGACCGAAUCGAAGACGCACGCGAGGCCAACAGCGCAGGCAACGAGGUCAAGAGUCAAGCUGGAAUCAAGUCUGGCAGUCUGUUUGGUCACGCAUCAACCUUGACCUUGACUUUCCUUAUGAGGACGAUGAAUCAUCAGCCAGAUAUCUGAGGCGUCACCGGCAACGCACCCAGGCCGAUAGGCAGGCCCAUGACGCUUGGUUGCGCCGGAUGCAGGUUGCAGAACUUCAUGGGGCUGGCAGUCGGUUUAGGGAGACGGAACCAGCACUUCCCAGCAGCCCCGGGGGUGAUUCGACACCGAGGAACCGACGCGUAAGAGCGUCUCCGCUUCCACAAGCCGAGACUGCAGAUGAACUCCUGGCAUGGCAUGCCUUUGACCAAGCUCGAGCCUCUCCGAGUGAGCCCAGUUCGACACGCAAAAGAAAGCGGAAAUCCCCUACAUCGUCUCCAGCAGAACCCGAGAACGAACCCUCGUCUGCGAACAAACGUCGACGCCCUAGCGCGUCUAGCCGCACAGUUUCUGAUGGUCAUGCUGUUACCAUUACCAGCAAUCGGCGACGGCAGCCUUCACGCAUCGCCAGUCCCAUUCCAAGAAGGCAGCCUAAUGUGGAACCAGCGGGGCCCAGCUUUCUGCAAUCCCUUUUGCAAGAAGUUGAGGAUGCUGGUUCCGGUACUCAUAGUAUCAAUCUCCAUCGUCCUUCUCCUCGUCCUGCAGCAAGUCCACCAGCGGACCAAAAUUCUCCGCGACCGUCCUCACCUGCUUUAUCUCCUCUACCCUCGAAUCAUUCUUCGCCUCGGGCAAUGUCAGCUACUCCACCUCCACUUCUUGCAGGGCUCAGACCUGGCUCCCCUGCUGGCUUGUCUUCGAGCAUACAGCCUGUCUUUCCAUCCACUGAAUACUCUCCUCAACGAUCUACCUCGCCAGAGCCGAAACAGGCAGAGACGAAUGGCCCCCGGUUUAAUGGAUCGAGGAUUCCUCCACCUCCUUCGACGUCUACACCAUUAGCACAGCCAAGACCUAGGAGUCGAGUACCACGCAUUCUUGAAAAUGGGCAGGAUUCUACUGUGGAUUCGCGCUCGACCGAGGCUUCGCCCAACCGCGCAACCAUGUCUCUGACUGCAAAAGCCGACGUGCAAAAGCUCGUUGCGAGCGCCCUCAAACCACACUAUAAUGACCAAACCAUUACGAAAGAUGAAUACACGGCGAUCAAUCGCGACAUUUCCCGGAUGCUGUACGAUAAGAUUGGUGAUUUUGAGGCCCUUGAUGUGGACGACAAGGCAAAGUGGGAGAAGAUCGCCGGUGACGAGGUCAACAAGGCUGUGGGUGCGCUCAAAGCUCAAGGUUGA